GGCCUGCAGGAAGGAGGCAGGGACCGAGGCGCGCCGCGUCCGCACACAGAGCCGCAGCCGCUGCGAGGGCUCAACCGGCUCAACCCCGUGCACCGCGAGGACCGCGAGAGGCACGGCACCGCCAGCAGACCAGGCCCUGCAGGACACUCGAGGACACGACGCCCCGCGCCGAGGACGCUGCACGUGAGGGUGCACGUGUGUGCGCACGACCCACGUGGAGAUAUCGACCGGCGUCCGAGCACGCCAGAGCAGGACCUUCCUCCCAGUCAUUCCCGGACCUCUAGAGAGCAGCCGUGACCUGACCGCAGAUCACCAUGGCGAGCAACGGCGCUGAGCUGCCCGCCACCGAGCUGCAGACCUUCGUGCCCCAGGACGGCUCCGAGAAGAAGAGCAGCAGCUUCAACCAUGGAAAGUACCAGGUGACCAACGGCAACCUGGACGCGGAGGCGGCCGAGCUCCUCAACGGCAAGGACUAUGACCCCUUCAAGGCGAGGAACGUGGAGCACCCUACGACGAACUGCGACACGUUGACACAUCUUCUGAAGGCAUCUCUUGGAAGUGGUAUUCUGUCCAUGCCCCUUGCAUUCAAGUAUUCUGGUUUGGCACUGGGAAUCGUAUAUACCGUCAUUGUAGCUAUUAUCUGCACUCACUGUGCAUACAUCCUUGUCAAAUGUGCUCAUGCUCUUUACCACAAAACGAGAACCUCAGCGAUGAGCUUUGCUGAUAUUGGAGAAAUUUCUUGCCGGGAAGGACCUGAAUGGGUUCGUAAAUAUGGAAAAGCUGUCAGGGCAACAAUUCUUAUUAGUUUAUUUGCAACAUACUUUGGAACUUGCAGUGUUUACACUGUUAUCAUUGCUGGAAAUUUCAAAGCUGUUGUUGAUUCAUACGCCACACCUGUUGAAUUGCGAGUCUACAUUGCUGCCCUCCUAAUACCCCUUGUCCUCUUGGGAUUCGUCCCGAAUCUGAAAUACCUGGCACCUGUUUCAAUGGUUGCAAAUGGUUUUAUGGGAGUAGGUCUUGGCAUCACUCUGUAUUACCUUUCCAUCAACUUGAAACCCAUGGACCAGCUGGUACUAGCUGGUACACCAGUGGAUAUUCCACCAUUUUUGUGCAUUGUGAUUUUUGCUAUGGAGGCAAUUGGAGUGGUAAUGCCACUGGAAAACAACAUGAAAACGCCCAAAAAUUUCCUUGGCCUGGGAGGUGUAUUGAAUCAAGGAAUGGCUGGUGUAACUAUGAUUUACAUAUUGCUGGGUUUCCUUGGUUACAUGGCCUUUGGAGAAGAAACCGCUGAUGUUAUUACUCUCAAUUUGCCGAAUGAAAUUCCCGCUCAAGUUGUGAAAGUUCUGAUUGGCCUGGCUGUGUUUUGCACUUAUGGCCUGCAGUGGUUUGUGUGCCUGGAAAUUGUUUGGGAUGGGCUGAAAGAGCGCUACCAAAAGAAGGCAGUUUUGGCUGAAUAUAUUGUUCGAGUAAUCCUUGUGGUCACCUCAGUUGUCCUGGCUAUUGCUGUACCCACGAUUGGUCCAUUCAUCGGUCUCAUUGGUGCACUCUGCUUCUCCAUUCUUGGUAUCAUUCUUCCGUGCUUCAUUGAAUGCAUUACUUUCUGGGAGACUGGAUUGGGACCUGGAAAAUGGCGUCUUUGGAAGAAUAUCAUCGUUAGUAUCUUUGGUGUUUUUGUGUUAAUUAUGGGCACCAAGGACAGCGUACAGGGUAUUUUGAAGGUGUAUGCACCCGCUGCUGCCAAUAAUGGCACAAUGGAUGCCUUGGGUGUCAAUGCUACAACUUUUGCACCCACCACGAUAACAUCAUGAGCGACCUAAAUCGCAGCAGUGCUGCAUAAUUAGGAAUUCUCUUUUCUCUUGUGUCAAUUGUAUCAAUUGACUGACUUAAGAGAUUUCUCUUGAGAUCUCUCUCAAAAUGUUGUAUGAUUCAGAUCCUAGAUUAUGUUUUUUAUCAAUCUAUCUGAAGGGAAGAACUGUUUUAAAAAUGGCACCUCAUAAACUAUUAUACAUGGAUAUAUAUUUUUGUUGAUGUUUUUUUUUUUAAUUUGAAGAGCAGUAGUUCCUACAUUGGACCAACAGGCAUAAUUAUGAGGUUUAGAUUAUGUCAGUUGAUAUAUUCUGUAUGAAUGUUUAUGGGCUGUUCUAACUAGGUGCUCUCUACCACUCGUUUUAUGCUUGCAGAAUGAAUUUUAAAGAAAAGUACAUUCCUAGAGUAGGGGUUGAAAAAUUGUGAAACUUCAAGCAAAACAGCAUUGCUGACCUUUCGUGCAUGUAUUUUACUAUCAAACAUUUAUUCAGUACUUCCUAUGAUUAAAUUUAUCUCAUGAACGUAACCAAGAAAUAGUACUCCUCUAAAAAAUAGUUUAUAAUUAAUUAAAAUUUGUCCAACCAUGAUAAUAAGCAACUCUAAAUCUAUAAAGAAUCUAUUAACUAAACCCUGUGUACAACAAUACUUCUAGAGGACUUUUAAUAAGUUAUUUAGGUUAUUAGUUGACAUGAAAUAUUUUACAGCUGUGCAAAGUAUGUUAUGUAAGCACAACAGUUGUCAGGAUGAGCUUUAUAUCAAUCUGCAGCUGUUCUGCACGACAUUGUGCACUUGCGUAUAGCUAAUUAAUUAUUACUUCUGUAUCAUAUUGAAGUGGGCUGGCUCUGCUUAAAUAAUUGUUGAAUUCCUGGGAGUAAUCAUGUAAACAUGCAACAGUGGGAAGAUGUGAGAUGUUAGUCCAUUCCAACUUCCACAUUGAGACUCGUAUUAGUUUUUAAUUUUUAAACAUACCUUGUAAGAUUUACAUUAUUCAAUGAAUUUUCGAUCUUGCAGAGCAAGGUGUCCAUUUCAAUGCCAUGAGUCAUUUUUGUCUAAACUGUUGAUUUUCUUUAUAACACAAAUGAGACAAAAAUAAUGUUGUGAUAUUGCUACCACAACAGUUUGUUGAAAGGUAGCAGAGAGACCUAAGGCAUUCAAAAUUUGAAACACCUGGUAUGCUGUGAGCAAGUAUGCUUUACCACAAGGUGCUUCAUUUUUAUUUCUUACUAAGACAGUAUGUUUUGCCCAAUGAAUUUCUUAAAUUAGUAAUAAAUUAUGUGAUGAUGGUGAUAUGUUAAAUGGAAAUGAGAAUAGUUUGCUUCAAUAAUUGUGAAGUGUGACAGAUGUUAUGUACAAAGACUUGUGCUAGAUAGGGAAAUUACAAUCUGCCACAUGUAUUUUAAGAAUAUUUUACAUUUCAGCAACAAAAGAAGUAGUUGUGUAUGUAUGGUUUGACAUAAUAGCAUUUUGUGAAUAUACUACUCCUGUGCCCAUCAUACUGCAAACUCAUGUUUGGAAAGGCAAGAGGUAGUACCCUAGAGUACUGUUAAUUUUAUUCCAUAGUUAGUAUUUUGUGCAAGUUUGGAGAGUUGCAGUAUUUUGAGAUUAAUGAGCUACAUCUGCAAUUACUUUGUUAUGAUUUUUUUUCUAAUUUUAUUGGUAUUGAUUGCUGCGAUGCUGACACUACACGGACUGUAAAACUCAUCUGUAAUAUUUUUCAAGUGUAGCCUGUUCCUGAAAUUGUUUAUAUCGGUUACAUACAUGUUCAAUUAAAGAAAAACCCUGUAUGUGUCAAUUUCCUUAAAAUAUACCGUUAUUUUUAAAC